AUGGCGAACUAUGGCCCCGAGUAUACCGGAUCCAAGCUCUCAGGGCACGGCUUGAAGUUCCACAACUGGCCUGGACCCGGUGAGGCGGCAGCAGAGCACUUCGGACUCUCCCAUGCCGUGAUUCUUCCUGCGAAUGCUCGUCGUGUGUUGAUUGGGGGUCAACUCGGUGUUCGUGACGACGGCACUAUUCCUGAAGAUCCCGCUGAAGAGGUAGAGGUUGCCUUUGAGCAUGUGGAGCGUGCUUUGAAGGCCGCUGGAUUUGGAGAUGAUGCCUGGGAACACGUUUACAAGAUCAAUACAUACGAAAUUGCUGCAGAUGGACUUCGAGAUGGCAUUGGAAAGGCGGCUGCGAAGUAUCUCAAGUCAACUCGCCCAGCUUGGACUGGUGUUACUGUUGCCUCCUUGGUGAUGCCCGGCCUUCAUUUCGAGAUUGAAGUUGAGGCUUAUCUGCCAGAUCUGUGA